UCCUGUGAGCUCUGUUUUACACUGAGAUCCCCAGAAAAAUUCUCUCCUCGUCUCCACCCAAUGGAAUUUGUCAUACAGAAAACACAAGAGUUUGGCCUCUCCCCCAAGCGCCAGUUGAGGAGCCGGAGCGGGAGGCUGAGCCUGUCCACCCCGGAGGGGCCCGAGAAGCUCGCAAAAAUCAGGCAGCCAAAAGCAGGGUGCAGGAGCCUUUCUGAGUGUCCAAGCGUGCAGCGUAGGAGCACGCCGAACCCCCUGCCGGCCUCUACUUCCUGUGAGGCGUUCACCUGCCAGGGCCAUGGCCCUCCACCUCCACCUCCACCUCCACCUCCACCCAACCAGCCUGCAGAGCCCCCGGUGGAGGAGAUGGUCCACAACUUCCUGCGGACGACCGAACGCGGCCUGAGCCACUCGGGCCACCUCAGCGUUCCGAUUCGGCCCAAACCGGCCUUCUCCCAAAUCCCCCUCCUCCACGCUCAGGACCUCCAGAUGGACCUCCCAGGUCCGAGCGUCCCUCUUCCCGGCCCCGGCGGGGCGCCUCCCGGCGGCGGGGACGACGCGGACCCGCUCUUCAUCCGGGCGGUGACGGCGGUGGAGAUGGUGUGCGGCGAGCGCAUGUACCGGUGCUCGGCGUGCCUGCGCUACUACCGGGGCCUGAGUCCGCUGGUGGAGCACAUCAGGGAGGGCUGGCAGGCGGGCUUCAGCUGCCGCGUCUUCUACCGCAAGCUCAAGGCCAUGCGCGACCGCCGGGUCAGCACCACCAACUGCGCCGGCGCCGGGCCAAGCGUCGCUACUAGCGGUGUCCCCAGCACCAUGACGAUCUCCGCGUGCACACCGCAGCCGAGCAACAUCACCAUCACCACCACCACCGCUCCGGCUGCUAUGGCAACAGAAGGCGUCAAGAGCCAGACAGUCAAAGAGAAGAAGAUGGAGAGGGUUCAUGAAUGGCUUGAGAAGUCUGUCAUGUUGCCCCAGUAGAAAGCACCAAAACAUAAAUAAACAAGUAUAAAAAAGUAA